AUGUUCUUCCUCAAAUCCUCUGUCUUUUGCCUCUUGGCAGCUUCUUCCAUUGCUUUCCUUGCCUCGACCCAGUCCAAGCAGGUCGAUUUCCCUCUCCCUGACAGUCUACCCGAUCCGUCCCCAAGCCAAAUUGAAUCGAUCCAGAUGCGAGCCGGUGGCACGUUGCCAAACACGCCCCCUCCGAUGCGUAUUAGCAGCGAGGGUAUCAACAACUUGAAGGUCAUGGCGUUUACUGAAUUGUCCGAAGUGGCCUUCUUCGACGAACUCUUUCGAAAUAUCACCACCAACGUUCCGGGCUACCAGAUUGCCAACGCGCAGGAGCGUGACAUGAUUCUCAAGUCUUUGACUACGCUGCUUGCUCAAGCAGAACUGCAGACGAUCGCGGAAAACAAUGGCCUACGACGUUUCAACCUCAACACUGUUCGGCCUUGUCAUUAUAGUUUCCCUGUGUCCGACUACAAAUCUGCAAUUGCACUGGGAGAGGUUUUUACGAAUUUGAAACUGGGCACGAUGCAAGAUAUCGUCACGCGGUUCGCCAGGGGAAGUGACUUCGACCUGGCCCUUUUCGCAACGUCUAUAGCCGGUCAGAAGGGGCAGCAGUCCGGCUGGUUCCGCAUUCUUCAAAACAAGGUAGCUAGUGCUGUGCCUUUUCCGACGACGGGAAAUGUCGACUUUCUCUUCUCGGCUGUCCAGAGAUUCAUCGUGCCGAGCAACUACUCUAGCAUCGUCGAUAUUCCUCUGCGUACCUUCCAGCCGCUGAACAUCCUUACGCCUCCUGGUCCCCAAACGCAGCUCAUUCGGGUCUCCUGGAAGCCUACCACGGGCGGUAAUCCGGGACAACUGUGGAUAGCCUAUAUCAACCAGCUGAAUACGCCCAUCGUCGAGCGAAUGAACAUUAUCUCUAGCAAUAAUGAAACGGUGGUGGCUGAAGUGUUGUUUCCGUAUGAGAAGUACCUUUUGAACGGAUUGACAAUCGCAGCGGUAACCACCAGUGGCGGACCGUUUGCGAAUGCAGCCGAAGUGUCACAGGCGACGGCGUUUGGACCAGGAUUGAUUACUGUCAACUGA